CUUGUAGCCAGGGCACUGCGAUAUUGAAAAAUGGGCCGUUACUCACGCGAGUCAGACAACGUGGCCAAGUCGUGCAAGGCGCGCGGGCCCAAUCUACGUGUGCACUUCAAGAACACACAUGAGACCGCCCAGGCCAUCAAGCGCAUGCCCCUGCGCCGUGCCCAGCGUUACCUGAAGGCCGUCAUCGACCAGAAGGAGUGCGUGCCCUUCCGUCGCUUCAACGGUGGAGUCGGUCGUUGUGCCCAGGCCAAGCAGUGGAAGACCACGCAGGGUCGCUGGCCCAAGAAGUCCGCCGAGUUCCUGCUGCAGCUGCUGCGCAACGCCGAGGCCAACGCUGACUGCAAGGGUCUGGAUGCCGACCGCCUGGUCGUCCACCACAUCCAGGUGAACCGCGCCCAGUGCCUGCGUCGCCGCACGUACCGUGCCCACGGUCGCAUCAAUCCCUACAUGUCGUCGCCGUGCCACGUCGAGGUCAUCCUCACCGAGAAGGAGGAGGUCGUCUCCAAGGCCACCGAUGACGAGCCCACCAAGAAGAAGCUCUCCAAGAAGAAGCUGCAGCGCCAAAAGGAGAAGAUGUUGCGUUCUGAAUAAAAUGUGUUCUGGGCCAGCCGCCCAAGCCGGUGACAACUACUGAAGCUCCAUUCUUUUUUUUUGUAUCCUAAACCUAAUACCGAUUAUUGUGCGACGAGAUGAAGUCGCGGAUGUGGAGAAUACAGAGUACAAGCCCCCAGAUUUGACCACCUGGAAA